UCAGAAUGAAGUCAGUUGAAUUAUUAGUAUUUUGCAUUGGAUUUGUAGGUCUUGUAGCUAUUUCUCAAGUUACAGCAGCUACUGAUUAUUGUGAUAAAGCACUUUGUGGAAAAGCCGAGCACAUUGCUUGCAACAAUACUGGGGAAUUUGCAACAACAUGUUCGUCGGACAAAAAACUUAUCAAAAUUUCACCCGAUUUUCGAAGAGCUAUGGUAAAACAACACAAUAAGCUCAGAAAUCAACUAGCUAGUGGUGAUAUGAAACCCUUUGAACCAUCUCCAAGAAUGGCUUCAAUGCAAUGGAAUAACGAAUUAGCUGAUCUUGCUGAAUUAAACGUUAAAACUUGCAAAUUCGCUCAUGAUGCAUGCCAUAAUACUAAAAACUUUAGCACUUCUGGACAAAAUAUUGCUAUAACUUGGUCAAGUGAUCCAAUAGAAUCUCAAGCAGAAUCUAUAAUAUUGUCGAUGAUUGAUUCUUGGUGGGCAGAAAAAAAUGAGACAUCAAUGAAGGAAAUUAAUAGCUAUCCGGAAAAUUUCGAACAUGUUAUUGGUCAUUUUACGGUGAUGGCUGUUGAAGAAAAUAACAGAAUGGGUUGUGCUGCUUCUUCUUACAGAGACCCAGAGCAAGAAAAUUGGUUUACGAUUUUAUACACAUGCAACUACGCAAAGACGAAUAUUUUUGAUCGUUCAAUUUAUUCAACUGGCAAAAGUGCAAGUAAGUGCACAAGUGGAGUAAAUCCAAAUUUUAAGUCAUUGUGUGCACAAAAAGAAGUAUAUGGAAAAUAAACUAUGUAAAACGGAAAUAAGAAAAUGCUCGACUACAA